UCACCCUUUCCACUUGGGAACCGUGUCACUGCUGGGGAUGGCACUGCAUGGACGCAGAGCAAGGGUCAGCAGCCUGGCAGCAAGGCACUAGCUGAGCCUGAGCACCACCACAGGGCACGGAGCUGCCCGGGGGGUGCCAGCAUCCCCAGCACGGACGCGCUCCGGGGAUGUAGGUGCCGGGCGCGGGAGGAGCUCCGGCACGAUGGGCCGGCUGGACGACCAUGCCAAGAGGAGAAUCGUGGAGCUGCGCAGGGCUGGGCUGAGCUUCCGCAAGAUCAAGAAGGUGCUGGAGCUGGAUGACAUCCGAGUGACGCCGCAGGCCGUGUACCUCUUCCUCAAGAGGAAGAGUGUGGAGCCGGGGUCAGCGGCAGCCGGCUGGGAUGGGGAGCAGCCCUGGCAGGGCCAUGAGGCUGAGCUCCCCAGGCUGCUGGGCACCCAGCACCCUGCACUGCCCACGGGGGAUCCUGUGGGCAGCCAGGACACCAAGGAAGGCAUCCAGAUUGUCAGCGUGGCCUCACUCUGCAAGGACGGUGGGCAACUUGGGGACACUUUGGCUAUGGAGCUGGCCCCUGGAAAUGGUGAUGACAGCUCCACAGGCACAGCCCUGGCUCCAGGGACUGCUCUGAGGGACCUUGCCCCCCUGCCCCAGACACUGCCCAGCCAAGGGCAGCUGGUCACACCCCCCACCCAGAACUCAGCUCUGAUGGUGAAAAAGAAGACAGUGGACAGGGCUAUCCUCCUGCAGAAAAAGGUCAAAGAUGCCAGCACUCAGACGGCCUUGCCAGACUCUGUGGGUCUGGGCAAUCCCAGCCUUGCUUGCAGCGGAGCAGUGCCCCCCCCUGCUCCCAGCUGCCCUGCCAUCACCGAGAGGCUGGAUGCUGUGCAGGUGGAGGUGCAGAAGCUGAGCCAGGCCCUGCAUGCGGUGCUGGAGCGGCAGUGCCACCUGGAGCGCCAGCAGGAGCAGCAGCAGCGGCUGCAGCAGGAGGUGCUGGUGACACUGCAGCAGCUCAGCUCCACCGUGAGCCACAGCACUGUGCCUGCCACCCAGCCCUGUGGGCCCUUCAGCAGCAUGGCCGAGCCCUCGGCCAUCAUGCCAAACUUCAGCCAGUUCAAGAUGGAGCUGAUCUGAGCUCCCACAAGGCCUGUGUGUGCCGGCAGGCCUGUGCUAAUGGAGCCAGGAGGAAGAACCAUCUCUCAGAGGCUGCCCAAGGAUUAAGGUCCAUGCAGCACCCAGCAGAUAAGGUCCCUGAUGCCUCAUCUUCCCAGCCCUGCUGACUGGAAGGGGCUGCCUGGCACAAGAGGCUGGACAGUGGAAGGCUGAGGCCUUGCUCCUCCUGUGCUGCUGAUCCUGGCUGGCACUGGAGCUGGCUGGGGCCCAUGGACCUCAGGAGAACGCAGUUGCCUGCAAGGAGAAGAUGCAGCUAACAUGGACACAGCAGGGAGGUGGGACUCCAGGGAUACAGGGCGCUUCCUUCUCUUACGGGUCAAUGCCACGAUGAUCAAUCUUGCCCUUCCCUCCACAGGAGCUUGUUCAGUAAAAAUCUGUCUACAGCACGGUGUAGAACCAGUGUGGGAUCAGUAUCUGUGUAUUCCCUACCCCUCACCCAGCCAGUGAGCAGGCUGGAACUGUCUGGGUCCUAUCACCAUGCAUGGAACUGCACAGGGUGCAGAAACCUGUGAGGUGAGAUCAGUGCUCCACACACAAUGUUGCUGGAGCCUGGUAUCAUCUGCUGCACCAUUAGGGAUAGAUCAGACUUGUAGGAAACAAUCUUUUACUGAGCAGAUUCCACUCUCCACACCCCACAGAUCUAGAGUCUGGUACUGCUGCUGCCCACUGUCUGGUGAGGUAUUGGCAGGACUGUACCAGUA